UUUCCAGGAGCACGGAGGCGGGUUUCUUUUCGGCGCCUUUCUUUCUCUCGCGGAGGCGAUUGGCUGGCGUGGAGCGAAAGAGGCGGGACGAGCUGCCGCGGGUUCAGUGCCGCCACUGGAACCGGGAGAUGCGGCGCAGCGGCUGUCGCUGUGUCGGCUUUUACCCGAGGCUUGUCUCCUAUUGCGGUUCCUUCUGCGGCUUCGAUUAUGCUGUUACCUUCGGACGUAGCCCGGCUGGUGUUGGGUUACUUACAACAGGAAAACCUCACUUCUACCUGCCAGACUUUUAUUUUGGAAAGUUCACAUUUAAAAGAAUAUGCAGAACACUGUACAGAUGAAGGUUUUAUCCCAGCCUGUUUACUGUCAUUAUUUGGAAAAAACUUGACAACAAUUUUGAAUGAGUAUGUAGCUAUGAAAACAAAAGAAACAUCAAGUCACGUCCCAGCAAUUAUGUCAUCUCUGUGGAAGAAGUUAGACCACACACUUUCUCAGAUCAGGAACAUGCAAGGUUCCCCAGGGUUUGCUGCCAAUCAGAGAGCCCGAACGAGAAGUGGAAUUGCGGAAAUCAAACGGCAGAGAAGGCUUGCAUCUCAAGCAGCUCCCAUCGGUUCAGAGGUGCUGACUUUACCGUACCUCUCAGGACAGUUUACUACUGCUCCCUUGACAGCUCCACAAGUUACUCGACCAACUAGCCAAACUUCAGUUCCUUUGAGGUCAAAUUUUGUAGUGGUUAACCAUUCACAAUCUCAAGACACUGUGACCACUGGAGAGACUUUAAAUAUCAUUCCUGGUCCUCAGGAGAAGAAAACUCAUGCCAGUUUAAUGUCUCCUGGUAGACGCAAAAGUGAAUCUCAAAGGAAAAAUAUCACUUUGUCUGGACCUCAGUCAACAAUAUGGAAUUUCCAGGAUCCAAAUGCAUUUGCAGUAGAAAAACAACUGGUUAUUGAAAAUGCACGAGAAAAAAUAUUAAGCAACAAAUCUCUUCAAGAAAAGCUUGCAGAGAACAUUAAUAAGUUUUUGACUAGUGACAACAAUAUUGCUCAAGCACCUAAGCAAACAGAUAGCAACCCUACUGAACCAGAAACUUCAAUUGAUGAACUCCUGGGACUUCAGAGUGAAAUCCAUAUGUCUGAAGAAGCUAUACAGGAUAUACUGGAACAGACAGAAUCAGAUCCAGCAUUUCAGGCACUCUUUGAUCUUUUUGACUAUGGUAAAACAAAGAAUAAUAAAAAUUUAUCACAAGGCAUUUCCAGUCAGCAUAUGGAAACCAAUCCCAAUGUAGUCUUAGCAGAUGAAACUAAUCUAACAGUUAAAGGUUCUUUUAAAACAGAAGAAUCUGAUGAUCAAUCUGGUCAACCCUCACUUUGUACAUCUUAUCAAAAUGAAGACACAUCAAAUGCUUUGAAGAAUGGCAGCAACCAUGAUGAGCUUAGACAGGAAACCCAGGGACAUUUUUCCCAGAUAGGUUCUAGCAUCCAGAAAAAAACCUUCAAAACAGGUGUACCUACUGAACAGAAGUGUAACCUUGAUAUUACCUUUGAGUCUGUGCCUAAUUUAAAUGACUUUAACCAAAGAGUAAAUUCUGAUGCCAAAUGUAAUCAGCAUUGUGGUGAAUUAUACACCAAUCAAAUGUUCACUGAAACUGACAUGGCUAUGGAAGUUGAAAAGAACUCUUUGUCUCCAAAUGUGCCGAAUGAAUCUCGAUUACGAGUAGAUCAGUCUGAUACACCAGUAACUUCAUUUGUUUCCCUUGGUGGUGAAACUAAAAACGAAAACUUAACUCUCUCUGGGAAAAGUUCUCAACUUUUAUCCCAAGAUAUACCAUUAACUGGAAAGCCAUCUAAAAAAAGCCAAUUUUGUGAAAAUUCUAAAGAUGUAGGAAGACUGAAAACUAAUUUCCAUGGUUCCAAAGCACCGGAGUCUAGAGAAAUUCAUCAGAGUAAAAUUGAAAUUGAUGCUGUAUUACCAGUUACAUCACAACUUUCAGAAUGCCAAGAUAAUUCUUCACUUCAAAGUAUAUCUGUGUCUGUUGAAAGUUCAGUUUUAAAUGUAUCUGAACAAGAAGAAAUUGGCCUUGGAGAUUCAAUAUCUUCAAUUAAACAACCAUCUAAUGAUUCAUCAUGUAUUGAGUUAGAUCAUACAGGACAUGAAAAUCAGCCCUCCAAGUCUGAGAAAGUUGCUUUGGAUUCACAGGAACCUUCAUCUUCUGCAAAAGAAGAUGGAAAUAGUGUUUUUCUCUCAUUAGGUGAAAAUGAAAACUGUGGGGAAGUUGCAUUGACACCUCCAGAAGGUAAUCUUGUAGAAGAAAGACAUUCUCUUCCUUCAGAACCUGUGUGCUCUUCAGUGGUAGAGUCUCGCCCCGAGUCCCAAAAUACUAGUGAUAAACCUGCUAGCAACAACUCAGCAGAGAUAGAUGCAUCAAAUAUUGUCUCUCUCAAAAUUAUCAUUAGUGAUGAUUCCUUUGUUUCCUCGGAGACUGAACUUAACACUGCUGUUUCUAGUAUCAGUGGAGAAAAUGUGCCAACUAUAAUUUUGUCUUCUGCUAAAUCACCUGCCAAAAAUGCAGAAUUAGCUAAAUGCCUGCCUUCAGAAGAAACUGCAGGUACUAUCACAUCUGCUGAAGGAACAGGGAAUUCAGCCUCAAUGGAACAGAGCCUUUUAGUGCUUAAACCUGGAGACUCUGCAGUAAACAACACUCAGAGUGAAGACAGCAUUGCUUUUUCAGCCAAUGUUACACCAUGUGCUUCCAAGGAUGGGGGGUUUAUACAAUUGAUGCCAGCUACAAGCACAACUUUCGGCAGUUCAAAUAACAUUCUGAUAGCUACCUGCAUGACUGAUCCAACAGCUUUGGGAACAACUGUAAGUCAGUCCAGUGUUGUGGUGUUGCCUGGAAAUUCUGCACCUAUGACAGCCCAACCUUCACCGUCCCAAUUGCAGACACCACCAAGGUCAAACAGUGUAUUUGCUGUCAACCAAGCUGUGUCACCCAACUUUUCACAAGGAUCUGCCAUCAUAAUUGCUUCUCCAGUCCAGCCUGUACUCCAAGGAAUGGUAGGAAUGAUACCUGUAUCUGUGGUUGGUCAGAAUGCAAAUACAUUUUCUGCUCCUCAGCAGGUCCUUCAUAUGCCUUUGGCAGCACCUUUAUGCAAUAGAAGUAUCUCUCAAUUCCCUGUGCCUCCAAAGUCUCAGAAAACUCAGGGACUAAGAAAUAAACCUUGUACAGGAAAGCAGGUAAAUAAUUUGGUGGAUUCAUCAAGUCAUUUAGUUGGAUGUCAUGCACAAAGAAUUGAAGUUUCUGACAAGAAUAUGACAACAGAUCAUGGAAAAAAACUCGAAGAAAUCACAGUUCCCUUCUCAGAGAAUGUAGUUCCAACUAGCAAACCACUGGAAAGCCAUAGGCGUGUGCUCUGUUUUGAUAGUACUGCUCCUGUGGCAGAUACACAGGGGGCAAACCAUAAGAUGUUGUCCCAGAGCAAAGAAAGGAGUGACAUUUCGUUUCCUAAUCUUGGCUCACCCAUGAUGUCCUCUACCUUAAAACUCUCUUCUAAUAAUGCUCUCAAAAGAGAAAGAGAGAAACCUCCUGUGCCUAAGAUUUUAUCCAAAUCAGAAACUGCCAUUAGCCGACAUACCAUAAAAGAAGCUCAGUCAGAAAAGAAAGUUUCAUCAACAGAAAUUGGACUUGAAUCUUUCCAUAAAGCAACAGCUAAUAAGGAGAAUGAAUUAUGCAGUGAUGUGGAAAGACAGAAAAAUCCAGAAAUUUUAAAACUGUCUAAUGGGCAGCAAAAUGGAGGUUUACGGAAUGAGAAGACUAUAGCAUCACUGCAAGAACUAACCAAAAAACAAGGCACAGCCUCAAACAGUAAAAAUGUCAUUUCCGUAGGUGCAGCUGUGAAGGAUCUAAAACAGGAACAAACAAAAUCUGCCAGUUCUUUGAUUAACCCACUAAGCAAACAUACCACAGAAAUGUUACAGGACGCUCAGCGUCAUAGCCCAGUAAACAGGCUCGUGGACAGUGCUCAUCUAUCUGUGCCCCGGACACCUGGCUCAGGGGCAGGGGAAAAACAUAAAGAAGAGCCUACCAAUGGUAUCAAGGUCCCCUCUAGCAGACGUCUCAUUGAAGACAGUAGCACACCCAAAAUAAUGGUCCCUCCUGUCACCCCUGACCUGCCGGCCUGCAGCCCUGCCAGUGAAGCAGGGAGUGAAAACAGUGUGAACAUGGCUGCGCACACAUUAAUGAUUCUCUCCAGAGCAGCCAUCUCUAGGACUACUUCAGCAACUCCUCUAAAGGACAAUACACAACAAUUUAGAACAUCUGCAAGGAAUACCACAAAAAAGCGGAAAAUUGAAGAAUUAGAUGAGCGUGAGCGAAACUCCCGUACUUCUAAUAAAAAUCUUUCAAAUUCGUCAGUACCAAUGAAAAAGAAGAGAAUCAAGAAAAAGAAGCUGCCCAGUUCAUUUCCAGCUGGAAUGGAUGUGGACAAAUUUUUGUUAUCCUUGCAUUAUGAUGAGUAAACAUGCUGAACAUAGAAGAACAAUAGCUGUUUAAAACUCGUAUCCCUUAAACUGAGUGUAGGGAAUGAGAUAUUGACAAAA